AAAUGCGUUCGCUGAACACCGAUUGAACAGAACGAUUUCAGUUAACAAACGGCUCCAUAAGUAUAUUCACAAAAUGAAGAUUUUACUUUUUGUAUUUCUGUGCUUUUCCUUAGCCAUCGGUAGACAUAUCGAUUAUCAAAAAGUCUUUGUCAUAGGUGAACAUGAAGAAGGCGAUUACCUUAUCACUAAUAGAACGAUUUUUAAGCCUCCCAUCCCACGGGUACCUAUGAAAGCUACAAUUGGAGUGCACACACAUUCAGAAGAUGAACUUCUCACAUAUAUUAAAAUCAUAAAUAUAGCAGACAAAAGGACGCUAUUUAUACCAAAAAGAAUGACUCGAACAAAUACAGCGAUAUUUGUUAUGGGAAAACCCGGAGAAGGAUUACUUACACGCGUGGAAGGUUAUGCAAAAAGUAUUUCAGCACCAAGCACAACUACAAAUAAAUCUGAUAAUGAAGACAAGAGCACAUCAAGUAGUAGCGAAGAAAGUAAGAAUACAUCUGAAAGCAAUGAAAGAAGCAAUGAAAACAUCAGCACAUCUGAUACUGGCGACGAAAAUAAUAUCCCCGAUAACGGAAAAGGUGAUGGAAACAACAGUUUACCCGAUGCUGGAGAUGAAAAUAGUGCAUCCGAUGGUAGAGACGCCAACAACAGUGCGAGCGAUGGUGGAGAUGGCAACAACAGUGCAUCCAAUGGAGGAGAUGGAAACAACAGUGCAGCCAAUGGCGGAGAUGGCAACAACAGUGCAGCCAAUAGUGGAGAUGGCAACAAUGGUGCAGCCGAUGGCGAAGAUGGAAACGACAGUGCAGCCAAUGGCGAAGAUGGCAACAACAGUGCAGCUGAUGGCGGAGACGGAAACAACAGUGCAACCAAUGGUGGAGAUGGAAACAACGGUUCAGUCGAUGGCGGAGAAGGAAACAACAGUAUAGCUGAUGGCAGAGAUGGAAACAACAGUGCAGCCGAUGAUGGAGAAGAAAACAAUGUACCUGAUGAUGGGGAAGGAAACAACAUACCGGAUAUGAAUAACAGAAACAACAGUGCACCCGAUGUUAGAGACGGCAACAAUAAUGCACCUGAUGCCGGGGAUGGAAGCAACAGUGCUCCCGACGGAGAAGAAAAUAACAAUGUAGCUAACACAGGCGAUGAUAACAGCGGUGUACCCAAUGAUGGGAAAGGAAACAACAACGCACCAAAUGCAGGUGAAGAAAACAAUAGCGAACCCAAAAAUGAUGGAAAUAAUAAUGAACCUAACGUUGGAGAAGGAAACAACAGUGUAUCCUAGGAUGAAGAAGGAAACAACAGUGUACCCGAGAAUGGCGAUGGAAACAACGAUGCACCCAUUGAUGGCGACGAAAACAAUAGCAUGCCCGUUAGUGGGAAUGAAAACAGUACGCUUGAUAAUGACAACGGAGGGGACAACUCACCUAAUAAUGGCGAUAAAAACAAUAGCACAUCUGAUAAUGGCAAUGGCGACAACGACAACAAUAACAAUUCUGGUGAUAACGAUGUAGAAUCUUAAAUGAAUUAACAAUUAGAAAUUAGAAGAAUUAACAAUUUGGACUGAAAAAAUUAUGUUAUAGACAUUUAAUUUGAGUUCUGAAUUUGUAAUAAUAAUCAUGUGUAUUAUUACAUGUAUCUAAAAUAUAAUAUAAAAUCAAGAUUGCAUUAUACAUUAGACAAUAUGUUAUUUGAUUAAUGUGUAUGUGUCUAAAUGUAAUUAUAAAUAAGGAUAUGUAAAUAGUAAUUUUUUUAUAUUAAUCUUGUACUAUUUAAAUAUUAAUAUAUAAUAAUUUUGAGAAUGUUCCAUUUUACGAGAUAUGGUAAAUGUUAAAUAUUUUUAAUGUUAAUAUUUCAUAAUAUAUUUGCAUAUAUAUGCUAGCUUGUCAAAUCCAUACGCUCUACUGAUACAUAAAUUUCUUCUAUAUCAGAAUAUCAUAGAUCCUUAAUAUCUUAAAAAUAGACACAAUUAGAUACAUAUUUUCCUGUAAGCAUGCAUCGUUAAUUUCUGUUGCUUUCCUCGCUAUUAUACAAUACAUUUCCA